AUGGAGUCUUUCAACAAGGACAACACGUUCGGCGCGGCCUUUGCUGGCUUCGCCGCCUCCAGCAUCUGCCUUGGCGUCCUCAGCACACAGGCGUACACAUACUUCAAGCGGUACCCGCUCGACAAGCCGUUCUACAAAGCAUUGGUCGUCGGUCUCUGGUUGAUCGAACUCGCGGAUCAAGCCCUCAUCUCGCACGCCGUCUACAGCUACCUCGUAACCAACUGGGGGAUUGUCACGAUCCUCGUAGCGAAACCUAUAUGGUCCCUCAUCCUACAAAUCACGUUCGGAGUCGUAACAGGAACCAUCGUUAAAAUCAACUUCGCGCUACGCGUAUGGCGCUUCAGCAACCAGAAUGUUCUGGUCACAGGCCUCAUCUUCCUGUUGACUUUCGGCGAAUUGGCUGUUGCAUCCAUCUACACCGUCAAAGCCUUCCGGUUGGACAGUCUAUCACACCUCGCAGAUAUGAAGAUCAUCGGCACCUUGUCCCUUGGCAUAGGCAUGGCCACAGACGUCGUCAUCGCCGCCUCGCUUUCCUUCUUCCUCUGGAACCUGCGGACAGGCCACAGGAAAGAUGACUCUGCGGUUAACUCGUUGAUUUUCUACGCCGUCAGCACAGGCGGCCUGACGAGUGUGAUCAGUCUGACUACUCUGAUUCUGUAUAACUUCAUGCCCGGCAACUUCAUCUUCAUGGCGUUCUACUUUGUCCUGAGCAAAGUAUACGCCAAUUCCUUCCUCGCUGCGUUGAACACGCGCAGGAUCAGCCGCGGCCGCGGUACAGAUGCAGAGACCACCACGAUGCCCACCUUCCUCAUGGUCGGCAAGGUCACGCAGCGCACCGUCAACUUCGACGCAGACAACCAGUUGCAAUCAAACAUGUCACCAACGAAGGUCGACAAGAGUCAUCUUACCCACAAUGCCAGCUACGCAGAAGCAUGGUAA